GAAUCGGCAGAGCCCUGAGCACUGGCUACUGUCGCCUGUGCCACGGGAAGUUCUCGUCCAGGAGCCUGCGCAAUGCCUUCGGGAAGGUGCCGGUGAUGGGGGAGAACUCGGAGAAGCAGCGCCGUGUGGACCAGGUGUUCUUCACCGACUUCCAGCGCCUGGUGGGGGUGGCUGUGCGGCAGGACCCAGCGCUACCACAGUUCGUUUGCAAGAAAUGCCAUGCCCAGUUCUACAAGUGCCGCAGUGUCCUCAGGACCUUCAUCCAGAGGGUGAAUGCCUCGCCCACAGGCCACGGCAAGGCCAAGGGAAAGAGCAGCACGGCCCAGGCGCAGUCGGGCGUGGAAGGAGGUGCCUCCUGCCUGGUUGACCUGAUCACGUCCAGCCCGCAGUGCCUGCACAGCCUGGUGCGCUGGGCGCACGCGCACGCCGGGAGCUGUGGCGCCGUGCCCGGGCUGCGCAGCGUCCUGUCCUCCGAGUACUGUGGCAUCAUCCGCGCCGUCUGGGGCUGCGGCGAUGGCCACGACUACGUCAUGGACACGGACUCGGACUGCAGCUCCGCGCUCCUGGACACUGCCCUGGCUGUCAAACGCGACGUGGAGAAGGAGCUGCCGCAGGACAGGGAUCCGUCCCGCUUGCAGCCGGACAGCACGGGGAGCAGGGAGCAGGCCCUGCCGCAGCGUGUGUCCCCGCUGAGCACUGCCACAGGCCAGUUGAGUGGGAAGCAGGUUCUGUCUGCAACGUCGGAUGAGCGGGUAAAAGACGAGUUCAGUGACCUUUCUGAGGGGGACUGCUUGAGUGACGAUGAAAGUGAGAAGAGAAACGUGCAAUCCUCAGAUGACUCCUUUGAGCCUUACCCCGAGAAGAAGGUUUCUGGUAAGAAAAGCGACAGCAAAGAAGCAAAGAAGGCAGAAGAGCCCAAGAUAAGGAAGAAGCCAGGGCCCAAGCCAGGCUGGAAGAAAAAGAUCAAAUGUGAACGGGAGGAGCUGCCCACCAUCUACAAGUGUCCUUACCAGGGCUGCACGGCUGUCUACAGAGGGGCUGAUGGCAUGAAGAAACACAUCAAGGAGCACCACGAGGAGGUGCGGGAGAGGCCUUGCCCUCACCCAGGCUGCAACAAGGUGUUCAUGAUCGACCGGUACCUGCAGCGCCACGUCAAGCUCAUCCACACAGAGGUACGGAACUAUAUCUGUGAUGAGUGUGGACAGACCUUUAAGCAACGCAAACACCUCUCAGUCCAUCAGAUGAGGCACUCAGGAGCGAAGCCCCUGCAGUGUGAGAUCUGUGGGUUCCAGUGCCGCCAGCGAGCGUCGCUCAAGUACCACAUGACCAAACACAAAGCCGAGGCAGAGCUGGAGUUUGCCUGUGACCAGUGCGGGAAACGCUUCGAGAAGGCUCAUAACCUCAACGUCCACAUGUCCAUGGUGCACCCUCUGACCCAGACUCAGGACAAAGCCAAGCCCCUGGAGCCAGAACCCAUCCUCCUCCUCACCACCUCAGGGACAGCAGAGAGCCAGGUGGUGAAGCCUGAAGUGACUGCACAGCAGGAGCCUACCUGAGGGGGGACAGGGCCACAGUCCUGGUCCAGCCCUGAAUGGCCAUGGAGGUUUUUAAUCUAUGUGUUAGUCUCCCAAAGACCUCAGUGGAAUUAGCUUCAGCUUGCUCAGAAAAGGCUUGUUCUCAUG